AUGAAGCGCGUUUUUACUUCUCUAACCCGGCGUUCCGCCUCGAGGAGCUCCUCCACGACGUAUGCCGACGAUUCACCCGAAGCUGUCAUCCUCCGGGAAGUGGCUGCAUUCUGCGACUCCGGAAAUAGCGGCGCUCAAGGUACAGACUAUGUCCAUCUCCCCGCCAUCGUCGAAAGCGCCGAAUCAAGUCCCAAUGCCGCCAAAGAGGCCGCCCAUCGCAUUCGCAAGACCCUCUCCGACCCUGCCAAGACCCCCGGACACAUGCAAUACAAUGCCAUCAUGUUGGUUCGGAUCCUCAUCGACAACCCGGGCCAUACAUUCGCGCGCAAUCUGGAUGCCAAGUUUACGUCGACGAUGAAGGAUCUCCUCCGGCAGGGGAGGGACAUGAAUGUACAGCAGUUCCUGCGCGAGACGCUGGAGUUCAUGGAGACGCAGCGGUCGUGGGAUGAGGAUUUGGCAACGCUCGUGGCCAUGUGGAAGAAGGAGAAGGAGCGGUACAACAAAGCGCGGACCUUUUUGGUUAGACAGUCGCAGUCGCAGUCGCAGUCGCAGCAGCGGGGCCAGAAUUACUUUGGCGCAUCUCGUCCCGCUCAUGGGACGAUUCUACCUCCGCCGGAUGAGCUAGCUGCGCGUGUUGAAGAAGCCAGGAACUCGUCCAAACUGCUCCUCCAAUUCGUCCAGUCGACGCCGCCGGCUGAGAUUCUCGAGAAUGAAAUUAUCGCGGAAUUCUCUCAUCGAUGCCAAUCUGCGUCCCGUGCCAUCCAGGCAUACAUCAAUUCAACCAACCCAGCGCCGGACGAGGACACGCUGUUGACGCUGAUUGAGACGAAUGAUGAGAUUUCCGUGGCAUUGUCCAAGCACCAGCGUGCGGUUCUCAAUGCCCGCAAAGCCUUGGGUAGUACGAGUAGCCAGUCGCCUGUCGAGUCUGGCGAAGUUGCGGCAUCGGGUGCCAACACACGGCCAGUCCCGGCUCCUCCUCUUCCGCAAAGGAAUGUGUCCGUUGCUCCGGAGUUAUCUUCACCUGUGCCUGCGCCCGUUCCAGCUCCUGCAUUUGCACCUGUCCCUGCCCCUGUCCCUACGCCCGCGCCAGCCCCUACUGCAAACACGAGUACUGGCGCCGGUCGGUUUGAGUAUCGAUCGGAAGACUUCCAGGUUCAAAACCCAUUUGCAGACAACCAUGGAAUUUACGACACACCUUCGCACUAUGAAGGAAAUCAGCAGACCAAUACGUACGGGGCAAACGGACCGAAUGGGCAGUGGCAUCAAAACACCGAACGAACUGUUUAA